GGGGCUCUUACCUAUAUAUACGCCUACAGCCGAGUAUGAAUCGACAAUGUCCGAAUAUGAGUCGACAAAAUCCGCUGACAUUGGCGAGGAGGGUGACAUCAUUGAACUUUAAUAAAUACAGUGCAUCAAAUCUUGAUCAAAAAGGACUUUAUUUAUACGUAAAUAUCUCAAACGUUUUUAGUCGUUUUGUCAAUCUGAAGCGAAAAUGGGAUAAAAUAAGACCUAUUUUCAAUCCACACGAGCAAUCAUGCAACGAUCAACUAGCAUUUAUGGAAGCUCUUCAGCUUUGCGUGGUGUACAGUUGAAAAUUGGAGAAAAAUACAAACCUCCAGCGAAGGUUACCUUGCCAGUUGGUUGGAAAAUGAGAGAUCCGUCAAGAUUGUUGAGUCUUACAUACGACUUUUCACUGGAGGAAGGAGUCCUCUCAAGAAUAAGAGCUGAAAGAGAGGCCAAGGAAAGAAUUGAACAGGCUCAGAAAAUCAAAGAGCUUCAACAACCAACAGCAAAUCCUGUUGUUGCCCACAUGGGUGCGGACAUCUUGCAACCGACGACCGCAACGACGACAACAACAACAACAAACAGUUUGGAUUCAAAUAACGAUAACAAGCAAUUUAAUUACAAGGAUUUUGAAAACAAUACAGACACACCGUUUGAAGAUGUUGAAUUGCAAUCCAUAAACAAUAUGGAAGCUUUGAAAAGCGUUCUACAGCCAGAUGUUGCAGCCAAUUCUGUGUCUAGUAGCCAGCAACAAGUUCCGCAAGGCAUACCCAUAAGAGGAAAUCCAUUUAAUCAAACAACAUCUUCGAAUAGUUUAGAGACAACUUUUCCAAUAAGUGGCUCACCAGGACAGACUACUGGUGCUAGUUCAUAUCCACCUGCAUACCCCAAUAACCCUGUCAGUACCCAGUCGGGGUUACCCAAUUCUAAUCCAUUUGCAGCUCCGAACUUAUUAGGAGACCCAGCCCCACAAGGGGUGAUUAGUAAUGGAAUAGGAGCAGUUUCUACACAUGAACAAAAGGUGUCCCACCCGGGAGCAAUUAGAGUGCUGCCUACAACACCUGCUCGGCCCCCACCAAGGCGUCCUGCCAGCGUACCCAAUGAGAAUGUCACCUCUGAAAUGAUGUCAGCUUUUCCAAGUCACAAUGCACUCCCCUCAGCAACUCCAGCUCAAAGGAGGCCCGUCCCCAAACCUCGUACCAAACUUCCCCCGUUGAAAAAUGGACCAGAAGUUAGGAAAUCAGAGAACUUGCACAGUCCCCCUACAUCCCCAGAGGUCGAACCUCAUUAUGAUGUACUUCAUUAUGAUGUCCCGCCUCCUAUACCACCUAAAAAGGCCGCACAAAAAAGUCGAGAAAUUGAACGCGGGCAAAAUUUCUCCGCGGAGGACGCACACUUGGGACGUUUCCCCACGCCUCUUCCGCCUAUUUCACCCCCAGAACCCACCUCAUCUCCAAUCGACCCCCGUGCCACUAUGUCUCAUGAUGAAGUUCAGUUGGUUAAUCAAAUAUCUGACAUGGGUUUCCCCCUCGAAAGAGUUGCACGAGCCGUAAGGAACUUGAACGGCAAGGAACGCGAGGUGGUUGAUUUCCUAAUAUCAGUGAACGAACUUUGUAACCAAGGAUAUGAUGAAAACGAUGUUGAAAUGGUUUUAAAGGAUAACAUUGGCCAAACUAAGGCUGUGGAAAUUCUGAAGCUUCAACAGCAAUUUAGAGUACUUGGUUUUGAAGGAGACAAAGUAUUUGAAGCGAUAAAAAAAUCUGAAUGUAAUAGAGACAAGGCGUUAGAUAUUCUCAUAAGCGCUGGGUAGGUCACCGAAGAAAAGAAUCCCGUAAAUGACAAAAAUCGCAUGAUGCUAUAGUUGUAUAUAAUAAUAAUUGAAUUAGAGACCAAAGCUAUGGAAAUUAACAGUGUUUAUAACUUAGGCUAUGUGCACACGUGUGCCGUUUUGGCAGUGUUUUCAAAGACAUUUUAAUCUCUUUUAUCGCGUUUCGUCGCCUCGUUUUCCCAAUUCGAAAGGCCGUUUUCCACUUCAACCGUACCGUAGCGAAACGUAGCGUAUCUUAUUGUUUUAAAGUCAUUAGUCCUGGUCGAAUACUUCGGAAAAAAAGAAAUACGUUACGUUACGAUACGGUUGAUGUGGAAAACAGGCCGAAGGGUGUAGCAUUCCUGGAUUUUAAUACACUGAAUUAGCCUCCAUGCCUCAUCGUUAGCCUCAUCGUCUGUCGUAAAAAGAUCCAUUUUAGAUGCGUGAAAACGCAAGUGGUAAAAACGUCACCGUGUGCAGUUAGCUUAAGAUUCUCAAGUUUUUCAAUGAAAAUUAUUCGCCAGCACAGCUAAAAAUAUGCCAGUUUGGAAAUGGGGGAAUAAGAGGAUAAUGGGAAGUGACAGUUAUUAUUGUUAUAAUGUAGUCUUGUGUAUACAGUUGUACACGGCAAAUGUAAAAUUGGCCGUAAGGUCACACUGUCUGACUGGUCAAGAUAUAGCUGGAAUCAGUAUUCAAUACUAAUGAAUGACUCUAAUGGUCAGAAUUUAAACA